GGGUUGCUUGUGUGUGUGUGUGAGUCAGCUGUUCGGCAGCCAAAACAACAAAUAAUAGAAUAAAACAGCAGCGUUAUAAUUACGCUCAGCUCACAAAGCACAACAACUAGAAAAAAAAACGAGCAACAAUAACUUAUUGCAUACAUGCGAAAGCUGUAACUACGAUAACAACAAAAUCGCUGUGACUUUUGCUUUAGAGCUGCCAAAGGUGUGCGAAAAUUGAAGGUCAAUUCACUUAAAUGCUGUAACUGUGCGAAGGAGCGACAGAGAGAGCGAGAGAGGCAUUUUAAAGCCAAAGCAACAACAACAAUAAUAAUAAUACAAUAACAAAAUACUCAGGUCUCGAGAUGGCUUUAAAUAUGAAGGCUCUGCUGGCCAUGAUCUGUGUCUUUGUGGGAUGCUGCAGCAAUGUCGUCUUUUUGGAACUCAUCAUUAAGAUUGAUCCUGGUGCGGGAAAUCUAAUAACCUUUCUACAGUUCCUAUUUAUUGCGCUGGAGGGUCUGAUCUUCACCUCGAAAUUCUUCACGGUCAAGCCGAAGAUUGCGAUGAAGGAUUAUGUGAUGCUUGUGGUGCUUUUCUUUGGCGCCAAUGUGUGCAACAAUUAUGCCUUCAACUUCAACAUUGCAAUGCCGCUGCACAUGAUCUUUCGCAGUGGUUCCUUAAUGGCCAACAUGAUCAUGGGCAUUAUACUGCUCAAGAAACGCUACAAUUUCCGGCAGUACAGCUCUGUGGCCAUGAUCACGGCGGGAAUUAUAGUCUGCACCUUGGUGUCCAGUGGCAAUGUCAAGGAUAACACACAUCACUCACUCAAGGUGGACACCGUGUACUCGGACUUCUUCUGGUGGGGCGUUGGCAUUGCUCUGCUCACAAUUGCACUGCUCGUUACCGCCUACAUGGGCAUCUACCAGGAGGUGAUCUACAAGCGCUAUGGCAAGCAUCCCAAUGAGGCGCUCUUCUUCACACACAUGUUGCCGCUGCCCGGAUUCCUGGUGAUGGCCAGCAACAUUGCUCAGCACUGGAGCAUUGCUGUCAGCUCCGAGGCGGUGUCUGUUCCCGUGCCUGGCCUGAACUGGUCCAUCUCCUUUCCCUUGAUACUCUUCUAUCUGCUGUGCAAUGUCAUCACUCAAUAUGUGUGCAUCAGUGCGGUUUAUGUGCUGACUACGGAGUGUGCCUCCUUAACAGUUACCCUGGUGGUGACUCUACGCAAGUUCGUCUCGCUGCUCUUCUCCAUCAUCUACUUCCGGAAUCCGUUCACUCUCAGCCACUGGCUGGGCACCGUUCUCGUCUUCUUUGGCACCAUACUGUUUGCCAAUGUGAUUAAUCAGGUGAAGGAUGCUUAUCAGGCGCGAGCUCAACGGCAAUUGGCGAGCGAUAAGGAGAAGACAAAGCUUAAGACUGGCUAAGCGGAAGAGAGGCUACAUUCUUCAAGCUAUUAGAGGCCAAUUCAUAUUUUGCCAUUGCUGUGUCUCUUAAUUCAGUUUCCUUCAUUUUUUUCUAUUUUUGUACAUGUUUGUAAAUAUGAUUAGUUAGGUCAACUUUCUGUAUUUCUCUAUAUAGCACAGCCUCUAUUUCUAUCCAUACACUUGACACUGCUUAAUGUAUUUCUGUACUCUUUUUGUAUCCCUUACUUCCCACACCCUGUACCUUAAAAUUGCUGAUUUUUACCCUUUUUAUACUAAUGUACGAGUAUUCUUAGCAAAUUUUUUCUAAAAAAUAAAUCACUGACAAAGCCGAUAA